AUGGGCCACCAGCAGCUCUACUGGAGUCACCCGCGCGGAAGUUCGUUAGUUCGAAAGUUCGGCCAGGGCCCUGGCUCUUGCCAUAUCUGCUCUAACUGCCACGGUCUAAUCCGAAAAUACGGGCUGAACAUGUGCCGUCAGUACUCGAAGGACAUCGGCUUCAUCAAGUUGGACUAA